AUGGAGGCUAAGACUAUCCUUUCGGACUACCUUAUCAAGCGGUCUUAUUUAGAAACUAUAAUACCCUAUAACUAUUUCAAAAGGCUAUUUCCCGCUGGUAUUGAUGACGAAUUAGUGAAAUCUUUCUAUAGUGAAUUGAAAAAUCAGAGACAAGAUAUAUCUAUUGAUCCUAUAGAGAGUAAUAUACAGAAUACUUUUGAUGUUCCCAUUGAACAUGUUAUAAACAGAGAAGAUAAUAGUACAUUAGUAAGUAAGAGUUCGUUGGCAGAUCUUAAUAAACUGUUGGAAAAAUUACUAGGCAACGCUCAUUUGGAUAAUGAAAACUAUGAUGCUCAGAUCGCAUCUGUCUUAAAGGAUAUAAGACUUCUAAUAGAUCAAUUGAAUGAUCUGAGGUAUCCCCACAAUUUGGAUUCUAUAGAUGAUCUAGUGAGUGAUUCUCUAGAUAGUUCUACGAAGCUAGAAUUAGCGUUACAUUUACGAAGUUAA